ACGUCACGCACCGGGGUGACGUCACGACCGUGACACGAGGGUGACGCCGUUGCCGCGGCGACUUCUCGUCGUCUCCGCCCCCUUUCCCCGCUCCCCCCCGCACCCCCAGCCUAGCGUCCUUCCCCCAAUCCCCUCAGGCUCGGCUGCGCCCGGGGCCGCGGGCCGGUACCUGAGGUGGCCCAGGCGCCCUCCGCCCGCGGCGCCGCCCGAGCCGCUCCUCCCCGCGCCCCCCGCGCCUCCGCCUCCGCCUCCCCCAGCUCUCCGCCUCCCUUCCCCCUCCCCGCCCGACAGCGGCCGCUCGGGCCCCGGCUCUCGGUUAUAAGAUGGCGGCGUUGAGCGGUGGCGGUGGUGGCGGCGCGGAGCCGGGCCAGGCUCUGUUCAACGGGGACAUGGAGCCCGAGGCCGGCGCCGGCGCCGCGGCCUCUUCGGCUGCGGACCCUGCCAUUCCGGAGGAGGUGUGGAAUAUCAAACAAAUGAUUAAGUUGACACAGGAACAUAUAGAGGCCCUAUUGGACAAAUUUGGUGGGGAGCAUAAUCCACCAUCAAUAUAUCUGGAGGCCUAUGACGAAUACACCAGCAAGCUAGAUGCACUCCAACAAAGAGAACAACAGUUAUUGGAAUCUCUGGGGAACGGAACUGAUUUUUCUGUUUCUAGCUCUGCAUCAAUGGACACCGUUACAUCUUCUUCUUCUUCUAGCCUUUCAGUGCUACCUUCAUCUCUUUCAGUUUUUCAAAAUCCUACAGAUGUGGCACGGAGCAACCCCAAGUCACCACAAAAACCUAUCGUUAGAGUCUUCCUGCCCAACAAACAGAGGACAGUGGUACCUGCAAGGUGUGGAGUUACAGUCCGAGACAGUCUAAAGAAAGCACUGAUGAUGAGAGGUCUAAUCCCAGAGUGCUGUGCUGUUUACAGAAUUCAGGAUGGAGAGAAGAAACCAAUUGGCUGGGACACUGAUAUUUCCUGGCUUACUGGAGAAGAAUUGCAUGUGGAAGUGUUGGAGAAUGUUCCACUUACAACACACAACUUUGUACGAAAAACGUUUUUCACCUUAGCAUUUUGUGACUUUUGUCGAAAGCUGCUUUUCCAGGGUUUCCGCUGUCAAACAUGUGGUUAUAAAUUUCACCAACGUUGUAGUACAGAGGUUCCACUGAUGUGUGUUAAUUAUGACCAACUUGAUUUGCUGUUUGUCUCCAAGUUUUUUGAACACCACCCAAUACCACAGGAAGAGGCCUCCUUAGCAGAGACUGCCCUAACAUCUGGAUCAUCCCCUUCUGCACCCGCCUCAGACUCUGUUGGGCCCCAAAUUCUCACCAGUCCGUCUCCUUCAAAAUCCAUUCCAAUUCCACAGUCCUUCCGACCAGCAGAUGAAGAUCAUCGAAAUCAAUUUGGGCAACGAGACCGGUCCUCAUCAGCUCCCAAUGUGCAUAUAAACACAAUAGAACCUGUCAAUAUUGAUGACUUGAUUAGAGACCAGGGAUUUCGUGGUGAUGGAGCCCCUUUGAACCAGCUGAUGCGCUGUCUUCGGAAAUACCAAUCCCGGACUCCCAGUCCCCUCCUACAUUCUGUCCCCAGUGAAAUAGUGUUUGAUUUUGAGCCUGGCCCAGUGUUCAGAGGAUCAACCACAGGUUUGUCUGCCACCCCCCCUGCCUCAUUACCUGGCUCACUAACUAACGUGAAAGCCUUACAGAAAUCUCCAGGACCUCAGCGAGAAAGGAAGUCAUCUUCAUCCUCAGAAGAUAGGAAUCGAAUGAAAACACUUGGUAGACGGGACUCAAGUGAUGAUUGGGAGAUUCCUGAUGGGCAGAUUACAGUGGGACAAAGAAUUGGAUCUGGAUCAUUUGGAACAGUCUACAAGGGAAAGUGGCAUGGUGAUGUGGCAGUGAAAAUGUUGAAUGUAACAGCACCUACACCUCAGCAGUUACAAGCCUUCAAAAAUGAAGUAGGAGUACUCAGGAAAACACGACAUGUGAAUAUCCUACUCUUCAUGGGCUAUUCCACAAAGCCACAACUGGCUAUUGUUACCCAGUGGUGUGAGGGCUCCAGCUUGUAUCACCAUCUCCAUAUCAUUGAGACCAAAUUUGAGAUGAUCAAACUUAUAGAUAUUGCACGACAGACUGCACAGGGCAUGGAUUACUUACACGCCAAGUCAAUCAUCCACAGAGACCUCAAGAGUAAUAAUAUAUUUCUUCAUGAAGACCUCACAGUAAAAAUAGGUGAUUUUGGUCUAGCUACAGUGAAAUCUCGAUGGAGUGGGUCCCAUCAGUUUGAACAAUUGUCUGGAUCCAUUUUGUGGAUGGCACCAGAAGUCAUCAGAAUGCAAGAUAAAAAUCCAUACAGCUUUCAGUCAGAUGUAUAUGCAUUUGGGAUUGUUCUGUAUGAAUUGAUGACUGGACAAUUACCUUAUUCAAACAUCAACAACAGGGACCAGAUAAUUUUUAUGGUGGGACGAGGAUACCUAUCUCCAGAUCUCAGUAAGGUACGGAGUAACUGUCCAAAAGCCAUGAAGAGAUUAAUGGCAGAGUGCCUCAAAAAGAAAAGAGAUGAGAGACCACUCUUUCCCCAAAUUCUCGCCUCUAUUGAGCUGCUGGCCCGCUCAUUGCCAAAAAUUCACCGCAGUGCAUCAGAACCCUCCUUGAAUCGGGCUGGUUUCCAAACAGAGGAUUUUAGUCUAUAUGCUUGUGCUUCUCCAAAAACACCCAUCCAGGCAGGGGGAUAUGGAGAAUUUGCAGCCUUCAAGUAGCCACCAUCAUGGCAACAUCUGCUCUUAUUUCUUAAGUCUUGUGUUCGUACAAUUUGUUAACAUCAAAACACAGUUCUGUUCCUCAAAUCUUUUUUUAAAGAUACAAAAUUUCCAAUGCAUAAGCUGAUGUGGAACAGAAUGGAAUUUCCCAUCCAACAAAAGAGGAAAGAAUGUUUUAGGAACCAGAAUUCUCUGCUGCCAGUGUUUCUUCAACAAAAAUACCACGAGCAUACAAGUCUGCCCAGUCCCAGGAAGAAAGAGGAGAGACCCUGAAUUCUGACCUUUUGAUGGUCAGGCAUGAUGGAAAGAAACUGCUGCUACAGCUUGGGAGAUUUGCUAUGGAAAGUCUGCCAGUCAACUUUGCCCUUCUAACUACCAGAUCAAUUUGUGGCUGAUCAUCUGAUGGGGCAGUUUCAAUCACCAAGCAUCGUUCUCUUUCCUGUUCUGGAAUUUUGUUGUGGAGCUCUUUCCCCUAGUGACCACCAGUUAGUUUCUGAGGGAUGGAACAAAAAUGCAGCUUGCCCUUUCUGUGUGGUGCAUGUUCAGGCCUUGACAAAUUUUAUCAAAAGGAAACUAUUUUAUUUAAAUGGAGGCUGAACGGUGAGGAGUAGGUGCGUCUUGGUAUGGAGGAAAAGGGCAUGCUGCAUCUUCUUCCUGACCUCCGGGGUCUCUGGCCUUUUGUUUCCUUGCUCACUGAGGGAUCUGCCUAACCAAGCAGGCUAGAUAGUGCUGGCACACAUUGCCUUCUUUCUCAUUGGGUCCAGCAAUGAAGAUAAGUGUUUGGGGAUUUUUUUUUUCCUCCACAAUGUAGCAAAUUCUCAGGAAAUACAGUUUAUAUCUUCCUCCUGUGCUCUUCCAGUCACCAACUACUUAUGCGGCUACUUUGUCCAGGGCACAAAAUGCCGUGGCAGUGUCUAACUAACCCCCCACAAAACUGCUUAAUAACAGUUUUGAAUGUGAGAAAUUUAGAUAAUUUAAAUAUAAGGUACAGGUUUUAAUUUCUGAGUUUCUUCUAUAUUUUUAUUAAAAAGAAAAUAAUUUUCAGAUUUAAUUGAAUUGGAAAAAAACAAUACUUCCCACCAGAAUUAUAUAUCCUGAAAAUUGUAUUUUUGUUAUAUAAACAACUUUUAAGAAAGAUCGUUAUCCUUUUCUCUACCUAAAUAUGAGGAGUCUUAGCAUAAUGACAAAUAUUUAUAAUUUUCCAGUUAAUGGUACUUGCUGGAUCCACACUAACAUCUUUGCUAAUAAUCUCAUUGUUUCUUACAACUGAUUCCUAACACUACAUCCCACAUCUUCUUUAGUCUUUUAUCUAGAAUAUGCGACCUAAAAUAAAAAUGGUGGCGUCUCCAUUCAUUUUCCUUCUUCCUUUUUUCCCAAGCCUGGUCUUCAAAAGGUUGGGCAAUUUGGCAGCUGAAUUCCCAGACAGAGAACAGAGCAAUUUUAGGGAUAUUAGGACUGAGGGAGGGUGUGGGAAACCUGUCAUCAGUUGUUUUUAUAGAAAGAGCUGGCGUUCAUUAAGAACCUAAAUCUUAACUUUGCACAAAUGGAAAAUCUAACCUAGUUAUAGCUUCCUUUGGCCUUUAUUAAAGGGUAAUAUCAAUCACAGUCAUAGCAAAGAAAGUGGAUGUAUUAAUGGCACAUUAAUGGAAAACCUCCCUUAUCAGGAAUCUAGACUCAAAAUUUAGGAACAUAAAUCAGACCAACCAAGCUAUAGCCAAGGACUUGAAAGAAAUUAAACGAGACCCAGAAUAAAUCAAGGAAUUAGAAAUUGUUAUUUAAAAAUUUCAGAUUGUAACUCCAGGCCCUGCUGUCUAUAUUUCAGCCACUAAAUCUCACUACCAUUAGAUUUUUGCUAACAUACAUGUAUUCAGAAGAAAGCCUAUUGAAAUUUUCAUUGUCUUGUAAAAGGUUUUCCUAGUAAAAUGGAAAAGAUCCUUAAGUUAUUAAUCGGUUUGAAAAAAAUUGUUUUUAAGUUUUACAUCAGGGCAGUGUCUUAAAAAAUUCAGAAAUUGCAAAGGUUGAAAUAAUUCACGCUGAUUUGAAGAACAUCUUCUGUGCAAUAAUACUGCCUCUCUUGAAAAGCAUUGGCUGUUUUUUCUUUUUAAAUAUAUCUCUAGAUGCUUUUAAAUGUGGCUGUGUUCCCUUUACCAAGAUUGGCUUCAAGUUUCCGCAGGUAGAGAGACCUGGGCUUGAACAAGAGGAUGUGUUUCAUGUCCUGCUGAGGAGGCAGAACAUGUGCAGCCUGGGUCCGGGACUGCCUCCACGGGGCAGGGGCAGGGGCGGUACCAUUAGGGAGGAAGCUUAGCAUUUCAGUUUCUUAAACAAUAUUCAGGGUGAUACACUUUUUCUUCCCUUGCAUUUUAGAAUAGGCUGGUAGCUCAUUUGAACUUGGGAGCAGACUUGAUCUCAAAUGAAGCCGUGCCCAGGAGCUAGGCUUAGCAUAUUGAGAUUUUUAUAGAGACCUUAAAAAAUAAAAUAUUUAAACCUCUCUUUUCUUCCUUUUUCUAUGAAAUAGGUUUUUUCUCUAGUUUACAAAUGACAUGAAAAUAGGUUUUAUUUGUGUUUUAUCUGCUUUAUAUUUUGAUGCUUAGACAACAAUUAGACUUACUGAGCUCCUAAAAAAAUGAGGAAGAAGUCCUUAUUUGUGAAAAGCACUUUAUGAGUAAUUGUAUAGACAGUAUGUGGCUGCGUCACUGAUCAUCUUGUAAGGGUGUAACAGUCUUGUCUGUAAAGUGGCUGCAGUGCCUUCUGUAGUGUGUUUUAUUUUUGGUAGGGAGAGGUGAAGCCUUCUGAAAAAUUUGAGAGCAACUAUAGAGGAUUGUUUGUAACUGUGUAGUAUUCCUGAUGGACUUUUUUCAUCGUUAGAGUUAAGGACCUAGACUUUUGCCACUGAAAUAAUAUUGACCAAAAAAAUAGUUUAUAAAAGGGAUUUGUGAAUAGAAAAUUCAGUGUGAUCAUUUGUUGUUAAUGUGCACCUUAAAAGAAGAUUCUGUCUAGCUGUCAAAUUCUGGUUCCUGAAUAUCUCACCCCUGAUUGUAUUUGAGAUCUAGUAGGGCAUACUGGGGCAUUUUAGAAGAUAAAAUCCCAUACAAAUGAUAUAUGCUAUAUUUAUGUUGGUGUUGGAGAAGAAAGAGCAGUAUAUAAAGAAAUAAUUCAAGACGGCAGCACUGUCAACCUGAAAGUUUGUAAAUAUUUCCUAGCUUCUGGUUUGGUGCGGUGACAGCACUUUCAUCACAGGAUGUUACCUUGUAUUCAUCAGGCGGAGUGCGAGCUGCUGCACACCCUCCUCAGAUCUCACCUGUCCCCACUGUACAUCCACCUGCCAGCCGCUUGCAAACCUCAUCUCUAGCUUUAGUUUGAAACCACAUUGCAGGGUUCAGGUGACCUCUUCAAAAAACUACCUCUUCAGAAUGAGGUAAUGAAUAGUUAUUUAUUUUAAAAUAUGAAAAGUCAGGAGCUCUAGAACAUGACGAUGAUUUAAGAUUUUAACUUUUUUGUGUACUUGUAUCUGAGCACUCUCAUUUUGUCCUAAAGGGCAUUAUACAUUUAAGCAGUAAUACUGUAAAAAAAUGUGUUGCUCAGAAUAUCUGAAUGUUGUUGAAAGUGGUGCCAGAACCGGUUUAGGGGUACGUUUCAGAAUCUUAACCUUGAGUCAGUUGCGUGAAAUUAAAUAGCUGUGGUAUCACUUCACUAACAGUGAUGUAAUUUUAAUUUUCAGUAGGCUUGGCGUGACAGUACAUCCUCAUAAUGAGUUUGCUGCAGCUUUGUCACAUGCACAGGCAUUCAUAGAAAGACUGCCCAGCUAAGAGGGUAGAAUGAUUACUUUUUUUGCAAGAUUCUCUUCUUUGUCCAAGUUGGCAUUGUUAGUGCUAGAAUACCAGCACCUUGAGACUAGCAGAUUCCAUCCAUUAGGCUAUAAACACCAUAGCCAGAGAUAGAAGGUUUACUGUGAGUAUGAACAGCAAAUAGCUUACAGGUCAUGUGUUGAAAUGGUGUAGGUGAGGCUCUAGAAAAAUACCUUGACAAUUUGCCAAAUGAUCUUACUGUGCCUUCAUGAUGCAAUAAAAAAGCUAACAUUUUAGCAGAAAUCAGUGAUUUGUGAAGAGAGCAGCCACUCUGGUUUAACUCAGCUGUGUUAAUAAUUUUUAGAGUGCAAUUUAGACUGCAUAGGUAAAUGCACUAAAGAGUUUAUAGCCAAAAUCACAUUUAACAAUGAGAAAACACACAGGUAAAUUUUCAGUGAACAAAAUUAUUUUUUUAAAGCACAUAAUCCCUAGUAUAGUCAAAUAUAUUUAUCACAUAGAGCAACUAGGUUGAAAAUAUAGUUCAGUGACAUUUCUAGAGAAACUUUUUCUACUCCCAUAGGCUCUUCAAAGCAUGGAACUUUUAUACAACAGAAAUGUUGACAGAAAUUGCUGUAGUUUAGGGUUGAAGUACUGUAUGAUGGGCAGCAAUCAUAUAUUAACUUAGAAGGGGAAAUUGAAAUAUAGGACCGAAUUUGGUUUUAUCAGUUUCCAGAGUACUGCUGCCAACCUAGACACUGAUUUUUCAGAGUUUGAAAUGUAAAUUUCUUCCCAGGACUUGAUUGCACAUGAAGCUGGACUGCGUUAGUCAUCCUGUCCCAAAGCGCUGUGGGGGCCAGGGUGGAGGUCUCAAGGCAUCCUUUAUGACCUGGCCGUUGGAUGUAAAAGAAAAAAUAUUCCAUGCUGUGGUUCUUGUAUCUUGUUUCAUUCCUCACCAUUGAAAGAGGAAGUCCAUGUAGUGUCUCCAGCGCAUCCUUGAAAUGUUAUACUGGGAUGGAUUACUGAUGCCCAUUGGUAGUUGAGCCCCAGAAGAGGGUAGUAGCAUCUCCGCCUCAGGCGAUGAUUUGUAGCUUGGCCAGAGGAGAGCGGAGUCACCAGUGUAUCUGUGGUCCAUGUUGCUAGCUCUGGUAAAAUUAAAAAUACUGGUAAGAUGUUUGUUUUAUUAAUACACUAGACAGUAAGCUCUGUUUUGUUGUUUUCAAAUAACCUAUUUUCACUUUUGUUUGGGCAAAGACAUUUAAAUCGAAAUUCAAUUCUAAUUUUUGUUAAUUGUGGAAAGGGUAAUUAACAGUUCCUAUCAGGUAUUUUUAAUGUGGAAAAGGACAGAAACCCAACUCCUAAAAUCUUAAGGUAACAGUGCUUUAAAAAAAAAAAAAUGCAUGGGGCAGUUAGUUCGCAACUCAAUCAGUGACUAAAGUACUUUUAUUUAACAUCCACAACUUCAACUGUUAAGUUUUAUUAAUUACUAAAUCAGCUUUAUUAAAAUGUUGACAUUUAUUUAGCUAUUUUGAAUAAUUAUAGUGACUUGACGAGUGUGUAUGAGGACACAGCCAGUGUAAGCCAGUGUAUCCAUUUUUUAGAGGUGCAUUUUUUUAAAAGAAUUCUGUAGUUGGAAAUGCUCUAAAACAACUAAAAUAUGUUUAUUCAUGGUAGUAUCAAAAAAUAUUUUGUACAAACCAUCUGCUUCUCCCGGCCAGCCAAGUUCAUUCUCCAGCACCAUGACCACGGGUUCUCACAUACAGCACGUAUGCGGGAGUGUUGGCAGAAAAUUUGUGAAGAGAUGCCACAAAAGAAGGGUCUGUUUACAGGGGUGGGAUUGGGGGUUUUGAUGAAGUUGCUUAGUCCUGGUUUUGUUUUGAAAAUUACUGCGUUGCAUUUUUGUGUUGAGUUUUUGAACCCACGUGUGUUUUGGUGGAGUAUGAGUUGGAAGUCACUGCAAACUAGCAUAAACAACAAAGCUCACAGAGUAGGCACAGAUGUAGAGAACAGAGACCAAAAUGGGGUGAGCAAAUCUAGGAUAGGGAAAAAUUAAUGUGAGGGUGGGAAAUAAACUGUUACCUGAAAUCAAAUGUAAGAGUGCAAUAAGUAUGCUUUUUAUUCUAAGCUGUGAACAGUUUUUUUAAGAAUCAUUCCUUCCUAAUACAUUUGUGUAUGUUCCAUAGCUGAUUAAAACCAGCUAUAUCAACAUAUAAUGCCUUUUUAUUCAUGUUAAUGACCAACAUCAGUGACUAGCCUUUAUGUCUUAUUUAUCUUCAUGUUAUGUUAGUUUACAUACAGGGAUGUAUGUCUCUGUGCUGUCCCCUUCUCCUGCCUUCAUUUUAAAAUGCAUCCAUGGGUCCUCCAUGUUUCCUUUGGCCAUGCCACAUAAUAUAGACUCAGUUUGGCCUUGAUGAUGUCGCCUGAUUUUUGAGGACUGUAUCACAGUGAUAUAUAUUUGUGGUAAUCUCAUUUGUUGGUUGUACAUCUGAUCCUUUCCUCAACACGGCAAUUGCUGCCUUUCCUAUGAUAGGAUCAUACAGCUGAUCAGGGGAUUGAAUUUGAUCAUUCAUCAACAUGUGUCUCUCUGAAUUUUAUUCAGUAGUUGUCAUUGCUCUUUGGUUUAGACCAAGAAAAAGGAAAUCCCCCCUUUUCAUGUAUUCCUUGGUUUGAGGACAUGACUCCUGUAAGGGAGAGGAAAGGGAGAUGCUUCCUGUUUGAACUGCAGUGAAUUCACGGUUCCUGUUUCACCACUCCAAACCUUAUGGCGACUCACACACAUUCCUCUUUUCUGUUACUGCCAAAGGUUCGGGCUUAGUACACUUCAGUUCCACUCAAGCAUUGAAAAGGUUCUCAUGGAGUCUGGGGCGUGCCCAGUGAAAAGAUAGGGACUUUUCAAUUGUCCACAGACCUCUCUAUACCUGCUUUGCAAAAAUUACAAUGGAGUAACUAUUUUUAAAGCUUAUUUUUCAAUUCAUAAAAAAAGACAUUUAUUUUCAGUCAAAUGGAUGAUGUCUCCCUCUUUUCCCCUAUUCUCAAUGUUUGCUUGAAUCUUUUAUUAUUUUUUUUAAUUCUCCCCCAUACCCACUUCCUGAUACUUUGGUUCUCUUUCCUGCUCAGGUCCCUUCAUUUGUACUUUGGAGUUUUUCUCAUGUAAAUUUGUAUAACAGAAAAUAUUGUUCAGUUUGGAUAGAAAGCAUGGAGAAUAAAAAAAGAUAGCUGAAAUUCAGAUUGAAGAAAUUUAUUUCUGUGUAAAGUUAUUUAAAAACUCUGUAUUAUAUAAAAGGCAAAAAAGUUCUAUGUACUUGAUGUGAAUAUGCGAAUACUGCUAUAAUAAAGAUUGACUGCAUGGAGAAGUCUUCA